CCGUGUUGCAAUCACGAAAUGACAUACAUUCCCAUCCUAAACUAAACAUAGUCGUGAUUAUACGUGUCGUAAUUUGUGACAUGCCGAUGUUACGUUUAUUUAAUCGCAGUUAAAAUGCGCUGCUGUACACCCUCAGAACAAUGUCAAACGCCACUGUCUACACAUUUGUUAUUUUCUUGUGUUUUGUAGCAGUGCCAGUGAGAAAUGAUUAUCCCUACUAUAAAACCGAUUUCUAUUCAGAGAAGUAUGGGCAUUUUUCUGAACUCGACCGACUGCAGAUGUUGGAGGAAGCGAAGCAGAUGUUUUACUUUGGUUACGACAACUACAUAAAAUACGCGUUCCCAAAAGAUGAACUCGACCCUAUUCAUUGCGUCGGAAGAGGACCUGACCACGAUAAUCCGGCUAAUAUAAAUAUCAACGAUGUUCUUGGAGACUACUGCCUCACACUGGUUGAUGUGCUUGACACCCUUGCGAUCAUGGGCAACAGUUCCGAGUUCAAGCAUGUCAUUCGGCUCGUCACGGAAAACCUUUCCUUUGACAAGAAUAGCACGGUUCAGGUUUUCGAGGCUAACAUUCGGGUCAUCGGUGGCCUGCUGUCGGCACACCUGAUCAUCACGGAUCGGCAGCAGCCGUUUGGCGACAUGGCGCCCCUCGACUACGACGAUGAGCUGCUCUACCUCGCUCACGACCUCGCCACGCGGCUGCUGCCGGCCUUCGAGAACCCCGCUACGGGCAUUCCGCAUCCUAGGGUGAACCUGAUGCGGGGAGUGCCGGUCGACAUCUACAACACGACGUGUACGGCCGGUGCCGGCUCGCUGCUAGUGGAGAUGGGCAUGCUCAGUCGGCUGCUCGACGACCCCGUGUACGAAGGCGCCGCUCGCCGCGCCAUCCGCGCACUGUGGCGCCACCGCGACGCAGCUACCGGCCUGCUGGGUAAUGUCAUUGACAUCACCACCGGCGAGUGGAAGGGCAAAAUCAGUGGAGUCGGUGCCGGUCUAGACUCCUUCUACGAAUACUUGCUCAAAGCGUACAUCCUCUUCGGCGAAACAGACGAUCUGGAUAUGUUCAACGACUCCUACAAGAGGAUCAAGUCGUUCAUGAGAAAAGGGCGGCCGCACUGCAACCAAGGGGUAGGCGAUCACCCGCUCUACGUGAACGUUAACAUGAAGAACGGACACACGGCGACGACGUGGAUCGACUCUCUGUCUGCAGCAUUCGCCGGAGUGAUGGUACUUAGUGGUGACAUAGAGGAGGCAAUAUGCGCUCACGCCCUCUAUUAUUCCAUAUGGAAACGAUACGGAGUCCUGCCGGAGCGAUACAACUGGAGAUUGAAGGUCCCUGACAUCAGCUUCUACCCACUGCGACCGGAGCUGGUGGAGUCGACCUACCUGCUCUAUCAAGCGACAAAGAACCCGUUCUAUCUGCACGUCGGCCGAGAUAUACUGCGCAGCCUCAACAAGUACACGAAGACACAGUGUGGCUAUGCUACUGUGCAUGACAUCGGAGACAAGUCGCUGGAGGAUAGGAUGGAGAGCUUUUUCCUCAGCGAGACGUGCAAAUAUUUAUACCUGCUCUUCGACAAAGACAAUCACCUGAACAAGAAUCCACUCGGUUACGUCUUCUCGACAGAGGGCCACAUAUUUCCCAUCGAGCGGCGGUUCCGCCAGAAGUCGUGGGUGGUUGCCGACAACGACGGCUGGACGAGGGCACCACCAGCUCACAGAGUGGACAGCAUCAUCCGCGUGAAUGCUGGGAAUCAUUCCGACUCGAACUGCUACCAGGUGGCGUCGGAGCGGCGAUACUUUCUGCCGAUGGAGAGCCGUUACUUCCACCAGGUGGUGUCGUCCGUCGGUCUAUGACUAGGCUUGGAGCCGAGCAAGUCGUGGCUCGACAUUCCCGUGCACGGUGACGAGGGGGCGCCACCGUCGUGGCGCGCCGGCUGGUGGCCGCAGGAGUCACGUAUCGCCGCGCUCAUCUUCUCCGACCGUUACCAGUUUUGCUUGAUCGUCAGCAUGGUCGCCUCGAUUGUCUCCAACGUCCUGCUGCACCUGCUCUCGUCGCGCUGGCACGCCGCCGAGGACACGCCCUCGUAGCGCCACCUGGCGGGCCUGUUCCGUGCUGCGAGCGCAUUUAUUACUGCGCGGCGCUUUCUUUGAAUUUGGUGCUAGGGUCGUGCUCUCUAGUGGUGAAUGUUGUGUGUGUGUGUGUGUGUGUGUUCUUGUGUUGAAAAUGCUCCUAGUUUGAUAUUGGGGGGGCUGCUAGACGGUUGUCUAUGCAAUGGUGGGAUGGCGUGAGUCGGUGUGUGUGAUACGCGUGUGUUUAUUGCGUGUUUUCCCGGGGCAACCUCGUGGACAGGUCGCUUGAUGUUGAUUUUUCUAGUACAGUACACAAUCUAUGAUGCGAAAUGCUGAAAACCGAAAUGCUCCGAAAACCGAAAGUUUUUUCGCGGAGGUCGUCUGCACACCAAAGCUCACGUUUGGCGGCAAAGGUUCACUGCAGAAAUAUUAAUGUGUUCGGCAUUUCUCAUACAUAUUGUACUGUACCGGUACAGCACUUGGCCUCUUGAGAACUUGGGUUUUAGUACUGACUAGUUGCAGGAUAUACGGUAUGCAUAUCUGUACUGUACUACAAUUCCGAAAUCCAAAAAAUUCCGAAUUCCGAAACGUGUCUGGUCCCAAGGGUUUCGGAUAAUAGAUUGUGUACUGUAUCCAUGCAGGGAGUGUACAAUCAAAAUUGCUCAAUCGAUACACUGGUUGAGAUGUUGAGACUGUUGUGAUCCUGCUUACGGAUCCUGCUGUUGUGAUCGCGAGGCUUUAGGACUGGUGAACGCUUGACACCAUCAACCUUCCUUGAACAGUCAUUCUUCUUACAUGGCAACCACACGCCCACGUUUGGUCAGCUGAGAAAUGACAUCUGCAUUUCACUUGACUCCCCCCCCCCCGAAUGGCGGAAAGUUAUUGUGGUGCCAUCUAGUGAUAACGUAUGGAAUGUUUGAAUAAUUAUAUGAAUGGAAGGGUGACCGUGCUGCGUGCUGACCGCAAACGUCUUUGUGCCAGAAUGAUUUCUCAGGCAUUUUAGUAAAAUAAUAUUUUUUUCCGUGCCUGUUAUGAUGUUUAAAAUGGUAGGAGAUUAAUAGGAUGUUUCUAAAUUUUCCAAGUAAGUGCCUAAUACUUCACUUACGAUAAGCAAUGGCAAUGAAAUCCAUUUCUAACUUUAAUACGUAAAAAUCUGUUGUGAUUUAAAAGGCAUUUUGAAUUGUUGUGGUUGCAUGGGUGGAAGUUAGUUGUAGUUAAAAUGUAAAUACAACAUUUCUAUGGUAUAUAAUAUGUUUCUAAAUUAUACAUAGUAAUACAUAGUAACCUUAUACAAGUUUUUUUAAGAAAUUGCCAAUCAUUGAAUUCUUAUAAGAUUGUAAAGACUAUAUGCUUACUGGAUCAACAAUAAAUACAUUGUAAAGCAUCGACUGAUAAUUUAACUUGUUGCGUGCUUAUGAUUAAUAACCUCUUA